AUGGCGCCUGCCACCUGUAUUACAACUGCGGAGGAUGAACUCAUUAAUGCUCCUUUCUAUCACGGAUUUCAAACUGCAGCAGAGGCUGAACCAUUAUUGACGAAGGACAAUGGCCGUUUCCUAGUUCGCCUGAUAGAAGAAAAUGGUCAUUUUACAGUUGCGGCCCUUAUACGAUACCACCGAUUUUCACAGAAGCCUGUCAACGACGAAUCUGGUGCCUGCCUUCGUAGUUACGUGGAGAGGAGUCACUAUGCCAUAUACCGUGAACAGCUAACCAUUCUUAGUGUGAUAGGUCAUGGAGAGUUUGGCGAAGUGCGCAAAGGGAAACUUAGAGUUGGAAUGCAGAGCAUUGAUGUAGCUGUCAAGACAAUGAUUACUGACAAGAAAGGCAUUGAUCCAAAUGAGAGACACAUGCGCCUGCAACAUCGAAACAUUAUUCGCCUUUUUGGCGUAGUCGUGUAUAAUGAUCCAAUAUUGAUUGUGACGGAAUACGCACCCGGUGGUUGUCUACACGAUCGUUUGGUAGAAAAAAGGCCGACUGAUAAAGAAAGACUGAACUUUUGUCGUGAUAUAUGCUUUGGAAUGGCUUACUUAGAGAGUAAGGAGGUAAUUCAUCGGGAUUUGACAGUCAGAAAUUGUUUGCUUUCGAAAUGGAACGUGGUAAAAAUUACCGAUUUUGGCCUUUCGCUUCAAGGAAUAACAAAAGUACUCUUGCCCAGAGCUCGUGCCCCGAUAAGGUAUGUACCACCCGAAACACUGAAAACUGCACUUUUCUCACACAAAUCUGAUGUUUGGGGUUAUGGUAUUGCGCUCUUUGAAAUUUGGUCAAAACCACAUGAGGAGCCAUACAAAGAAAUUCAAAAUAAUCGGCAACUAAGAAAGAGAAUACUUGAAGGAUAUCGACUAACACCACCAAAAGGAAUGCCAAAAAAGAUGCAAGAACUAAUGCUGAAGACUCAGAGUGCUUCACCAGAUAAUCGGCCAACAUUCAAGACGAUAAAAAAGAUAUAUUUUGGAGAAGAAAAGAGUACAUUCAGAGAAUAUGUUAGUCGAAUCUUUCGAAUUUCUUGACUCAGGAAACCUUUAUAAGAAAGUUCUAAUUGUAAUUAUUCCUUAUUUGUUAGUGCAAUGUAUUAAGAAAUUCUUAAUUCACAUUUUUUGUAAA